CCAAUACGAGCCGUACUCUGCGCGUUCCCCCACUACCUACCUCUACUCAGGGAGCUGGUUGAAACUGUGUUUUAUCUCGCUGUAAAACAUUUGAAUUAUAAUUAUAAUGUGCAGUAUCACAGACAAAGAAAACAUAAUAUCUCGUUUAUUUGAAGUUUGAGAGUCUAACGUGGAAUGAGCAGCUCAUGAGAGCAGUAAUCUGAGUAUAUAGAAAUAGAAUGGCACUCGGAGCAUAUACAACGUAUGAACUGGUGGGUGAAGGUUCUUUCGGACAAGUAUUUAAAGCGAAACGAUACUUUGACGGUGAAACAGUCGCCAUUAAAGCGGUUCAAAAGCAUGGUAGAACGGAUGACGAAUUAAAAAGUCUUCGUCACGAAUGGGAAAUUCAACGUGAGCUACAACAUCCCAACAUAGUACCAAUAUUUGGAUGUUAUGAAAGUAAAAAUGAGAUAUGGGUAGAGACAGAAUAUGUACCUAAAGAUUUGCAUAAGGUAUUAAAAACUAGUAAAAAUGGACGUCUGUCCGUUGAAAAAACACAGGCGAUAACUUGCGAUUUAGUGUCUGCAUUAUAUUAUUUACACUCAAAGGGAAUAUUACAUAGGGACAUUAAGCCACAAAAUGUACUUAUUAAACCAAAUGGCCAGGCAAUGCUAUGCGAUUUUGGAUUUGCUCGUAGUAUGAAAACAGGAACACGGGUCUUAACUUCUAUAAAGGGUACACCAUUGUAUAUGGCUCCAGAACUUAUAGAAGAACAGCCUUACGAUCAUAACGUGGAUUUAUGGUCCCUCGGCUGUAUAGUCUUUGAAAUAGUCACAGGUGCUCCACCUUUUAAUACAAAUUCUAUUUUACAUUUAAUCAGAUUAAUAAGAGAUGUACAAAUAAAAUGGCCGGAUUUCCUUUCCGAUAUCUGCAAAAGUUUCUUACAGAGAUUGCUACAGAAAGAUCCUUCUCGAAGGUUAACCUGGCCGGCCCUUUACUUACAUCCUUUCGUGAAAGACGGGGUUACAAAAGUCGACAGAGAUACGGGUAACGCGUCUCUUGUUCCGAAGAACGAUUUAACGAAAGAUGAUUCUGUACCAAGAAACAACAGUUUAUCCGACUGGAACCCUGUAAUAGUCGAAAGUAAUAUAGAAAACGAAGAAUGGAUCGCGUUCUUGCAGAAGUCCAUGGAGGAAAUCAUGGACGGUGAAAUGGACUCGUUACUUCAACAAAACUGUGUCUCAGUAUUCGUAUCACCGUUGAGAAAUCCACGAGCUAGCUUUCGAGUCGUUAAAUACGUAGCUUGUCUUUUGUCCUUACCGUUUGUUGUUUCAAACGAUCAGCCGAAGGACUGUCUUGAUAAGAUCGAGCAAGUAUAUUUAGACGUUUGGGUUGUACCGAACCUCGUCUUUGCACUGAAACUGUUCAUGUCUAAGGGAUCCCGGAAUAUAAACAAGAAAUCGAAAUCAGAAAACUUGGAGAGUAAUUUCGCGACAAAAUGGAACACGAACCGCCUUGAAACUUUGGAGUAUACGAUACUUGUACUUUGCAGACUAAUUCACAACCAAAAGAGAUUUCUUACUCAGUUUUGCGACGCAAUUUAUACUGUGAACGGGAUCGAAUUUCUGAAAGAAUUGCUGAAAUUGAGAGAGGAACGGAUUCUCGGGAACCUUGUUGCGAUUUUCAACGAAAUAUUGCGAUCUCAGCCUGAAAAUGCAAAUCUAGUGAAAACAGUUGUUUUAGUUUGGAAUAAGCCAGAGGAUGCGGCGGUGAUGCUUUGCCGCCUUGUAGCAGCAGCGGACGAUGUGACCGCUGCAAGAUGUUGUUGCUUAAUUAGGCUGCUAGGUGGCUGUUUUCGUACGACUUUGGAAAGCGUGUGGUCUAAUGUAUUGAGCGUAGGGAUUUUAAGCGCAAGAUCGUUAAACGACAUUAGACCGGAAUUACCCGAGGUAAGUAGAAAGUACGGAUCCGAAAUGUUGUUAGAAAAGAAUACAUAUUCGGAAAUAUGCUCGAGGAACUGUGGAUUUUUAGACUGGUGAGGAGACUAAGGGAUUUUCUACGACUGAAGUCGACUAAAGAUGGACAAAACACAAGGGAUGAUGCGUUGCAAACAGAAGCUAUAAUCUUUGUCUCUUUUUUCAGACAGAUACGAAUUUUUUAUAUUUUGUAUAUGACUCGAAGAGAACCUUUCACUGUGAAACUUUCGUUGUCUUGAUUAUUAUUUCAUUAGUUUGGUAUGGUGUGUGAUAAUAUGUCGUUAGUUUGGAAGCACGUUUUAUUGAAAAUCGAAUCGAUCCCAUAGCCUCAAGAUUGAAAGUAAGCGGCCGUUAGUUUUGGAAUGUUUUCGGAUGAUAGGUUGCGACAUUCUUCUUUAUACAUUGCUUGUAACUUUAAUAUAUCCUUCCCACUGAGUCCUUUUCGUUGACCAAGCUUCACUCCCUUCUUCUGUGUAAUAGAUUGAUAUUAAGAAACCGAAAAGAAUCAAACGUAUCGCGGGAUAGAUACUUACUUUUGGUGUAAUGGUCGGUUCCCCGUUUUUCGAAAACGCAUGAGAACUGUAGUGCAUCACGCUUGUGUAGUCGUAACUGAUUCCAUAGUCGGUAACGGUUUGAUUGUCGUAUUUGUUAAAAUUAUGUUCUUUGCCUGCGUAGAACGGGAAAACGGGUAUACGGAUAAAUGAAUGAAUAGAUGAAUUAGCGGAUAAUUAAUUCACCUGGUUUUACGUUCGUCCAAUUUAUCGUGACCCAUUGGUCACGAUCCGAUGCGCUUUGUUGAUGGUAAAAGCCCAGUGCGUGCAUCAGCUCGUGAACAAUAACACCGUGUUGCACGCAUCCUGGUCUUUGUAAAUUUACCAUUUGCCCGCGAUCGUGUCGACCAACCAGUGACCAACAGCCGGACAUUUCCCCCUGUAUAGUGAUAUAGUCGACAUCCGUUUUCUCGUACGGUCGGAAGCGUAAACACGUAUUCUCAUGGUACUCCUCCAUAGCACCCUUGAUCAACUCGAUCUCUUCUUCAUCUACGAACGUGUGUACAGAUGGAUGAAAUAAAGAUUCUACGAUUUCACUGUUCCGAAAGUAUUUGAGCAUUUUCGAAAAGUCUUUUACCGAAUUCCUCCUUGAUGUAGUACGGCACGAUACCAGCAGGCCAACGAGAUGUAGGUUUCGCUAAACCAUUCUUCGAUUCGACUUUUUCACCCGGAAGAAGCAUUAUGUCUCCUUCGAACAGACCGCUCAGUUCCCAAAUAUUCUGUCUAUCGUCUUUUGACCAAGACUCUAUACGAUUUGCUGUUAGUCGAACGGACGAGAAUAACAAGUAUUAGAUUUUCAGAGUUUUCCCGCGGUAUCACGAUACUUACCGAUAGUUUGGUGCGCGUGGGUUUCAGCAAAGGUGCCUCGAUGCUUCGGUAUCGGUGGAACAACCGGUACGGACGCCAGUACGGAUUCGUUCAAAUCGUCUUUGUCCAGUUGAUCGAUCGUUUCCGAAUUUCCGCUAUUAACUUGUAUCAGCAAUGCGACCAGUGGCAAGAUUCUCAGCCACGAUAACCCGUCGUUUUCACUGGCAACUGUAAGCUGCAUUGUUCACGCAAAAGUCAACUGCUUACAAGAGAAACUAGAUCGCCGUUUGUUCGUUUUACGGCUACAAGUUGAUUGAACCUUUGAACAAGACGAACGUUUAAACGUGAAAUAUUCACCGAAUCGUUAUAUAUUCACGGAAAUACUCAUGCUUGAAACAUUUAACAUUCAUUUCGCGUAUCCCGUUAUCGAACAUCACUCGACAGAACUUGUUUCUUACUGAUAACUGAAUCGCGAGCACCGCCGUUUCCGUCGAUCCUGUAAACACAAUUUCCACGUAAAACAGUUGAUUAGCAUUCGAUCUGUUCGGAUAUUUCAGAUACACGAGUUUUCCGCUGGUCAAUUUUCCAUUAAUCUCGUUAAUCUCAUUAAUCUCAUUAAACUCUCGUUAAUUAUGUUUCCUAGCCGCGUCGACACGUCGAUGCAAAUCCACAGAAUAAUCAUGAUAAAAGGAUCGCGAUGUGAAUACCGACUUGGCUUUUUAUCCGUAGUUGUAGUUUAUCUAUUCGUAGUUGGCAUCCACUCGUUAAACUCGUAUUAUCAAAGUAAGUUGCAACUGCUCGAUAAAACGUUUAUUCGAAUGGAACUAGAGGUUCGCUUGUGAUCGUGGCAGAACGCGAAAGCUUUUUAGAGUGUUCUUUUCUUUUCGGAUAAAUCAUCCCACUCAGAAUCGAAAAUAUACGAGUCGGUUCUAUCGGAAUCUGGAUUUCGUAGAAAGUUGCGGAAUUCGGAAGGAGGAAAGAAGAAUGUGCUUCGGUACGUAGACCGUACGCAGCUUCUUCUAAUUGAAUAGAGCCAUAGGGAAGACGAGGAGGCGUUCGUAUCUACAAAUCUUCGAUUUCGGACCCUGGAGGCAAUAAAGAUCAUGGUGUGUCGCGGUGUUGGCAUCGAAUAUGUAGGUCAAAAUGAUUCGUUGGUCGGUCAUAUAAUUCAGUACACGGGCACACUCUCGUCUCCGAGUCGUUUCGAACCUUUCGCAUUUUCUUGUAGCUCUUACAAUCUGUGUUCGAUUAUGGUUCCUGUGCAUUUUCUAUCUUUCCGUCAGCGUUACGCCGCUUUACAGCUACACAAAGUUGAAUACCCGGUGCAACCGUUGCCAAGUUAAUGACAAUUGUUCGUCUGCACGAUGAUUGAUCUCUAGAAAAUAGUUUCACUGUGCAGGUGAAAUUAUUAUUGAAAAUAAUUAGUAACGAUCGAAAUAGAAUGAACUGAUUUGCGAUAGAGAAUUCUAGUCGGAACGAAUUGUUAUUUCAUUUGGUUUUGCGAUGGUUGCGCGUUGUCUCUAACGACUUGCUCGAUUUCUAUCCGGUUGUUAUUCGACACUGACAAUUGUCGAAGAAUAAAUCGAAAAAGAACUUCUGCUUGAAAAGUCUUAUUCGAAACAGCAUUGAAAGCAGGGUCAACGACCAACCUGUUCCAGAUUCGGGUAGCUGCACGUAGCCUAAAUUCUAACAGAACCUCUUGGAACCGCAACCAGGAAGAAUGGUUAUUUCACAUUUGUUAGAAAUACGUCUACUUAUAAUUUGACAAGUAUUGUACAUCUACCAAGACAAAGUAACUCGAGCGUAUUCCUCCUCUUUUUUCGUGUUCAGGAUUCGUUCCGAGUCGAGUCGUAUCGAACUGGAGUCCAAGUCCGAGUCCCUGUCCUUAGUUCGAGUUCGGACACGAGCACGAUGAGUCUGUGGUUCCCACUUGUUCCUUUCUUUUUAAUAUCUAUUCGACGAAUUGUUCUGUCAUUUGCGUAAAAACGAUAGUAAUAUUGUCUUUUGCUGGAGAAUAUCGUUUAUUUUAGUAAACAGAAGUUGCAAGGAAUAGUUGUACAGACAAUCGACGAAGAAUAGCGAAGAAAUGUUGUCACGUUCGAAUGAAAGCUUUCAUAUUUUUGCAAAAUAUUGGGCAUGCUUUUCAAGUACACCAUGUUCCCUCCGAGUCCUCUGAUUCCUCAUGAACCACUGACCCACUGGGACCAGUUGGAAAUAUCGGGACCGUCUCGAGCCUUGAGACGAGAAUGUAUUUCGGUAGUGCGUACAUUGACCAAAAACCGAU